AUGGCGGCAACCAGCGACUGCAGCGACGAUGGCGGCGAGGACCCAGCGCCAGUGGAGGCCGCUCUAAAUGAGCUCCUUCGGGACCCGAACGCGUCGCAAGGGGACUUCUACGACCUCGUCGCUCGCCUGCCGCUGCACUGCUGGGCCUGCGAGUGGAUAUCCCCGAAGCCGGGGGUUCUGCAGAGCUGCAGCUUGGUUCCGAAAAUCGGAGCCAUGGGCCUCAUCGGCCGGACUCUGGACGCCCUCGAGGCAGAGGUCGUGCUCAGCAUUGGAAGUGGCUCCGGGCUGAUUGAGUGGCUUCUCUCGCCGCGAUUUCCGGUCGUCUCGGUGGAUUUCUAUUACCAGCCAGGCCCUGCCGGUGGCGUGGAUCCAUGGGUCUUGCCACCUCUUCAUGACGAGGUCAGGCGUUCGUGGCAAGCAGACGGAUCCGGCAGGAUCGCCUUUGUGAGCCCUGGCGACGACCCCGCUCUCGCGGCUGCCCUUGGCAGCCAUCGCACCGUAGCUCUGUUCGUUUGGCCUCAGUCCGGGUGCCAAGGUUAG